AUGGAUAUCGCGCAAUUGCUUGGGAUUGAGGACCGGUUGGUUGCAAGGGUGCAGAAGAGGAGCGACAUUAUGUUCCAGGCAAUAAGAGAAUCGGAAAUCGACAAUAUACCGUCUCCAAUGUCGAUCCAUCUAUCUGAUCCAUCAUCACCCGUCCAGCUACUCCUCCAAUCCAUGCCAUCCUUUGAUUUGUCUCCCCUCCCCACAGUGUCUGCAUCUUCAUUGAUCAUCCCUGUACCAACUUCAACCCCCGCAAUCACCCCUCUCCGAAGGACCAAUGAGGUAACUGCCGUCAUCGCCUCCACAGCCAACACUUUACUCUCCAGCCAGACUUCAUCAUCAACUACCGCAAUCCCCCCUCUCCGAAAUACCAAUGACGUAACUGCCGUCAUCGCCUCCACAGCCAACACUUUACUCUCCAGCCAGACACCAUCUUCAACCAAUCUGUCACCUAUUAACACAUCUUCCGUCCGUCCUGUUCCAGCCAUGAUGUCGACGCCUGCAGCCACACUCCAAGCACCCAUCACUGCCAACCUGCCUUCCCUGCCAACAGCAUCUGUUUUCAAGCCACCACCAACUAUUAGGAGUCCCAUCACCACUUCAUCAACAUUACCCACAACAACAGUCCCUUUUUCUGGCCACUGCCUUCUAUCACCUAUUAGAUGUUCAACACCUGUAUAUCAUCCAACAUCCUCAACCACCGAGGCUCAAAGCGAGGUCGCGAGGUAUUCCCCUUCUCCAUUGUCUGUGGUGGAACACUACGUGCCGACCCCUGCCAACACACUCCUACAAACACAUGCGACAGCCCUUCUGGUCAGUGGGGCAAUGCCUCUGCUACCCCCUUCCAAACGUGAUUGGUCUUCUGUUCCGGAUGAGGCAAUAACGCUCGUACAAGGUUUACGCUGGCCACCAAAAAGGAUGGAAGGAACCUAUCUCCUGACUGCCGAUUACUUGCACUGGAGUAUGCUGCAACAUCCAUCCUCCAGUCCACUGCUGUAUCAUGGAGCAUCACCAACCGAUGUCUGUUGGUCCACCAAUUUCAGCACCUGA